UUUACCCUGCAAGAUGGCAGCCUUCAGCAGAGCCCAGGUGCUCUCCUUGUACAGAAUGCUUAUGAAAGAAAGCAAGAAAUUUCCUUCGUACAAUUACAGGACGUAUGCCCUGCGAAGAAUUAGAGAUGCCUUCAGAGAAAACAAGAAUGUGAGCGACCCUAAAACCCUGGAAGUUCUUCUGAAUCGGGCCUGGGAUAAUCUGGCCAUCAUCCAGAGACAGGUGUCCAUCGGCAAGCUUUACUCCACUCAGAAGACCGUUGUAGAAGACCAAGGGGUGAAGAAGCCCCACUGAAUCUCAGGAGUGGGAACCCGGAUGGAAAGACAG